GUCCGCGGACGGCCGGAGGGGGACACGCUCGCAGCGGAUCCCAGCAGUGGCAGUGGGGUGAUGUUAUGUUUCCGAGCGGACUGGAUUUGGGAUGGAUUUAGAAGAGGCGUUUCAGGCUGUGGGGGAGUUCGGAAUCCAGCAGAAAUGGAUGGUGACGGUGUUAAUUCUGCUGCAGGUGUAUAUGGCGUUCCAGUCGAUGCUUAUAGUACUGGUGGGAGCGGUGCCGGAGUACCACAUUGAGAGCAGUGUUUCCCCGAUCGCCAGCGAGGAAGACCUCAUCAAACACGUCACUUUCACUGAAGACAUCAGCUCUAUCGUGACAGAGUGGUUCCUUAUAAGGCAUCAGUCUUACAAGGUGAGCUUGGCUGGCUCCUUGUUUUUUGCCGGUGUUCUGGUUGGGAAUGUGCUUUUUGGACCCCUUUCGGACAAGAUUGGGAGGAAACCAGUGUUUCUCGCAGGCCUGUUCUUUGAGGUGUUAUUUGGCUACGCCACGGCCUUUGCACCCAGCUACGAGGUGUUUGCGCUGUCUCGGCUGCUGGUUGGCAUGAUGAAUGGCGGCAUGGCACUGGUGUGCUUCGUCCUGACCCAGGAGUACGUGGGCAAGGCCUACUGGGCCCUGACAGGAACGUUGACCAAUAUGACCUUUGCGGUGGGAAUUGCCCUCUUUGCAGUCCUUGGCUACUUUGUGCGACACUGGCGAACCCUGGCAACAGCGGCCAACUCCCCCGGAGUGCUGUUCCUGCUCCUGUCUGUGCCGCUCCCGGAGUCUCCCCGCUGGCUGUACUCGCAGGGCCGCAUAGAGCAGGCUGAGCGGGUGCUGCUGAGCCUGGCGCAGAGGAACGGGCGGGACGCAGCACUGCUGUCGCUGAAGCUGGCCUCAGGCUCCGCCCCCUCGCAACGCUCCGCCGGCGGCGUGCUCCACCUCGUCACACACCCUGCCCUGCGCCGCCGCACUCUGGUCCUCAUGUACGUGUGGUAUGCCUGCAGCCUGGUGUAUUACGGGCUGACGCUGAACGCGGGCGGGGACACGGGGAAUCGCUACGUCACAGUGGCCAUGUACGGCCUGGUGGAGCUGCCUGCCUACCCGCUGUGCAUCUAUUUCAUCAACAAGCAGUGGGCAGGGAGGCGCAAAACCAUGGCAAGCUUCCUGGCCUUGGCAGGAUUUUCCUGUUUGUUUACGAUGUUGAUACCUGUCCAGGCAGGGUCAUGGUUCAGUGCCACAUCUUUAGCUUUGCUGGGGAAACUAAUGGUUAGUGCUGCUUUCAACAUAGUGUAUGUGUACACAUCAGAACUGUACCCCACCAUUAUCAGGAACGCUGGGCUUGGAGUGUGUUCAAUGUCCUGCAGGUUUGGAGGAAUUCUAGCACCAUUUGUGCCUUCUAUGAAAGCGCUGCACCACUCCAUGCCGUUUAUGGUGUUUGGUCUGAGUGGGAUCUCCGCUGGGGGCCUGGGCCUGCUCCUCCCAGAGACCCUCAGCAAGCCAAUCGCAGAGACGCUGGAGGAGAUGCACAGCCCCGCCUACCAGCGCAUCCUGGAGAGAGAGGUUCACUUAUUUGAAGAGGACCUGUCCAAACACAAAGAGAUCCAGUGAGGACGUCUUGUGUCAAAGGAUGGAAAUACCAUGAAAACGAACAGCCAAACAAGUCACAGGGAAGUCUUUAGUUGUAGGCAAGGUCCAUUGGCAAAAUAAAGGAAACAUGUUUAUAAUAUAUAAUAGUGCUAUAAUGGUAAAAGGCUGUGAUAACAGAAUAAGCAGCUGAUCUGCCCGACCUUCCUGGGGACCUCUCGCAGGCUGUCCCGGGACCUCUCGCAGGCUGUCACGGGACCUCUCGCAGGCUGUCACGGGACCUCUCGCAGGCUGUCACGGGACCUCUCGCAGGCUGUCACGGGACCUCUCGCAGGCUGUCCCGGGACCUCUCGCAGGCUGUCCCGGGACCUCUCGCAGGCUGUCCCGGGACCUCUCGCAGGCUGUCCCGGGGUGUGCACUGUCAUACAGGCGGAGCCGAAACUGCCGAAAGGUGUCUUCAUUGUGUGCCUUCCGAGUUCCCUACCUUGAACACAAAAAAUCACAUCAGCAUAUUUCCAAUGGGAUAGAACCCAUACUUAUUUGUAUUGAUGUAAUGUGGGACCAAACUGCCGUUACUGCCAAAGUUUCAGGAUCAUGUCCGUUUUGUUAUUUUAAAACUCUAAAUUGAAUAUAUUUUCCAUGUUACAUUCAUUCUUGUUUUGUUAGAUCUGCUGGUCGGAUCAUGUGUGUCUGAGUGAUUAAGAGUUUUUAUUAUUGCAAAGAGAAGGCCUCUCGUCAGCUGCCUGACUAAUGAACUAAUUACAUGCAUAUCAGAAACAGGUGAAAUAUUCAUCCAGUUGGACGGAAGCAUUCCGGCACAUUGUGACAGGGUUAGAUGUGUAUUUCUGCCGCUGCUGGAGCCUUGGUUUUCUCGUGUUGUUUGUCUUUGUGAGAUUGUGCAGGUGAUGUGUGAGGUGGCCUGUGUUGUGCUGCCUUGUUCAGUGUGAAGGCAGAGCAGUGUGUCAGUGUAACAGAAGGUGAAUAAAGUGUUGAGGGGAACUCA